GCGGAUAUAGUGAAUGCAGGGUCCGGGGAGAGCGGAUAUAGUGAAUGCGGGGUCCGGGGAGACCAGAUAUAGUGAAUGCGGGGUCUGGGGAGAGCGGAUAUAGUGAAUGCAGGGUCUGGGGAGAGCGGAUAUAGUGAAUGCAGGGUCCGGGGAGAGCGGAUAUAGUGAAUGCAGGGGUCCGGGGAGAGCAGAUAUAGUUAAUGCGGGGUCCGGGGAGACCAGAUAUAGUGAAUGCAGGGUCCGGGAGAGCGGAUAUAGUGAAUGCGGGGUCCGGGGAGAGCGGAUAUAGUUAAUGCGGGGUCCGGGGAGACCAGAUAUAGUGAAUGCGGGGUCCGGGGAGA